AUAAUAUAGUGGUCUCUGGUUAUCAGUGGUUAUAUUCUCUUUGGGUAUUAACAUGUGUGUAUUUAAAAAAAAAUGGUCGUAUUUUUCUUUUCAGUCGUCUUUUGAAGUUUGAAGUGUUUCACACAGUUUCACAACAGCCAAGAACAAACUUUUUCCCAAGAACAAGCCAUUAAGCUCAUAAUUAGAAAUGUGAGAGGUCAAUUACUACAUGAAUAGAUUAAUACAGGCAAUAAAAGUGGCUGAUCUAUAAAAAGUUAAAAUAGUACACGUACAGUGUUAAAAGAAAAUGAGUGAAAAAGUGAAAAUGCGAAAGCAGCUUGGACUGCUGGAGGGCGUAGCUAUAAUUUUAGGUAUCAUUUUUGGUAGUGGAAUAUUUAUUUCACCCAAAGAAGUGCUAGUAAAGACGGGCUCCGUUUGGGGUGCCUUGAUAGUUUGGGGAGCAUGCGGGGUGCUUGCUACACUGGGUGCGAUGUCCUACGCCGAACUGGGUACAACUCUGGCUCAGAGUGGAGGUGACUACCACUACAUUAAUGAAGCAUAUGGACCGCUACCGGCAUUUUUGUACCUUUGGGAUGCUAAUUUAGUUUUUGUGCCCAGUACCAAUGCAAUAAUGUCAUUAACAUUUGCUAACAAUCUCCUGGAACCAAUUUUUCCAAACUGUCCCAUAGACCCCAUGUGCAGGAAGUUGAUAGCUGCAGCCACUAUCUGUUUUCUAACCUUCAUUAAUGCUUAUGAUGUGAAAUUUACCACCAGGGUUCAAAAUGUGUUCAUGUUUACUAAGAUAUUGGCACUUGUUACUAUCAUUAUAGGAGGUAUUGUGUGGAUUGGAAAAGGUGGAGUGGAACAUUUUUCUGAUGGUUGGGCGGGAACAAAGACUUCAGUUAGUGAUUGGUCUGUCGCCUUCUACUCUGGCAUAUUCUCAUAUUCCGGAUGGAAUUACUUAAACUUCAUGACUGAAGAGCUGCGGGACCCAUUCGUGAACCUUCCUCGCGCGAUCUACCUGUCGCUGCCAAUGGUCACCUUUAUCUACUUGUUAGCGAAUGUCUCGUAUCUAGCUGUCCUAGGUCCUGUUGGCGUUAGAGCUACAGAGGCGAUAGCUGUCGACUUCGCAGUGGGCGCACUCAGCUGGGUGAAAUGGGCGAUGCCUACGUUGGUCGCGAUUGCAAUUCUUGGUGGUUUAACUGUGCACAUAAUGACGUCAUCGCGCAUGUGCUUCGCUGGCGCAAGGAACGGACACAUGCCCGAGUUGUUGGCGCAUAUUAACAUGAAAUGCAUGUCGCCGAUGCCGUCCCUGGUCUUUCUAAUGUUGAUUUCACUAGUGAUGCUCAUCCCCAACAACUUGACUUCACUUAUUACCUACUGCACAGUUGUGGAAUCCUUCUUCACCACAUUGAGCUGCAGUGCUGUGCUGUGGUUGAGGUACAAGAAGCCCGACCUUCCGAGACCUAUCAAAGUGCCACUAUGGAUGCCGAUACUGUUCGUUGGUGUGAGUGCGAUUCUGCUGGUGGUGCCGGUGGUGAGUGAACCGGUGGCGGUGCUAGCCGGGGCGGGCAUGACGCUGGCCGGCGUGCCCGUCUACUACGCACUGAUCAGCUGCGAACCAAAGACCAUACGGGCUAUCUCAACAAAAUUCACCCAUUUAUGUCAAAAGUUGUUCCUGUCGGCUGUCGAGGAGCAGGAGGAAUAAAUAUAAUCUCCUAGGUAUUGAUAUCGAAUCUCCUUAAAAUAAAGUGUGAAAUUACUCUUCUACGUAUAAUAAUAUAUAUAAUGUAUACGGUAUAAGUUAGUUACAUAUACUUAUGGCUAUUCCCAAUAUUUAACCUAUAUGUCACGUUGGAUAGGUAUCCUCAACCUUCAGUAAUGUUUUAUUAUGUUUAUAUAACUAUGCAUGCCUGUUUUUUGUUUGUAUUUAUGUACUUCUAGUAUCAAAUUGGAUCACUUUACGCAUGUACAGUGUCUAUGUGUGAACAGUGGCGCAUGCGCAUCUGCAGAACUCAUUCGCUUCUUCGACAAAGACCAAUCAGAACUUUAGAAUGAAACUAUUGGUCGUUUUUUCCCUAUAUACAUAUUUUUUUUAUUGCUUUUAAUGAGGAGACGAGUUUGCCGUUCGCCUGAUGGUAAGCGAUACGACCGCCCGUAAACAGUAGAACCACCAUCCAACACGUUGAAUUACAAAGUAUUUUGGUAUUCCAUUGCGCUCGCCAUUCUAAGACAUGAAAUAUUAUGUCGUAUGAUGUCCAUUGUCCAGUAGUUACAGUGGCUACAAUGUUUUUCAAACCGGAACACAUUAGUGAAUACACACUCCUGUUUGGCGGCAGAUAUAGAAAUUGCAGUGGUACCUAUCCAGGCGGACCCUUACAUUUGUGAGACCUACCACUAGUAAAUCCCUCAUACUUUCCUGCCAAUUAGCACGUUACUGCUGAAUAUGUACAAAAAAUCUUUUCCAUACGUCUUUGAUCUCCAGUGAGCAAUUUGAGGUCCAUUUCCAUCCAUUGAUAAACAUCAAGGUAGGAAGGAUAUUAACUAUAAUGGAUGGUAAUAAUUUCAGUAUCCGGUAAAAUAAAGUCAAAACUUCUUAAAUAUUGGAAAUAAGCUAUGAGAUGACUCUGUCUGUAACACACAUUUUAUACUUAUAAAAGAGUCAAUUUUAUUCGUAGUCGAAUAUCACUCGGUAACUCCGCGUGUUUAAUAAAAUAGUGCUCUUGCAAAAUUUAAACGUUUAUACUCUAGUUUCCAUAAAAACAAUUUAUUAAUUAUAAUUACAAUAUACCGUUACCCAAUAAUAUAUUUGUAUGUGCAGUAACUGUUCAUAUAUUUUAUAGGCAAUAAAAUAAUUAUAUACAGAAUAAUUAUAUACAGUAUUUUCUAUAAUUUUCUUGGAUCUGGAUCUGAUUUUAUAUUGUCUUUAUUGUUAUAUUAUUUUUUUUAUAAAUAUAAUAAGCUUAUAAGCGGUAAGUACUUAUUCUGUGAAUGUUAUAAAUGUCUGUGCCUUGAUGAUAAUAAAAAAAAAAGUCUAAAAUGUAACGGUCUAUUUGUAUAAAAGUGGUUUUAGUUAUGUUUAGAGUAGAUUUGAAAUUUCAAAAUUAAGAACCUAAAAAUCGACUACCUUCCGAGUCUUAGUGAAACUGUUUUUUUAUUACGGACAUGAUAGUUAAAGCUGUGCAUCCACAGUCUAAAGCUUCGUGACGCUACUGAACGGAUGCACUUAUUGAUCUAGAAUCCACGAGCCAGUCUCGCGAGGUAGUCACAAAGUCCAUAAUUAGCUUGAUAGAUAAUUAUAACUUGUUAGAAACGACAAGCAACAUGAGAAUUCAUUGCAACGUAGUUGAGCGGUGAGAUUCUGCCUAUGCAUUAUUGGAAUGCAGUAUCCAUUUGAACGAAUUAUAAUAAUAUAAAUAAAUUUCAUGUACUUUAAUUCAUCUAACAACUGCUUCAGGUGCUUACUAAAAGUAUUUUUUUUCUUACGGCGAAGAGUAAAUAUACAAACUAGUCAAAUCGAAAUUUUUGAUUCUCAAUUACUAAUAUUUUAAAUAAACUGUAGUCAAUUUAAACGUCAUAUUAGCAAUAUUAUGCUCUAUACCAUACGAGAUUAAACCAUAAGUUGCUAGUUAUAAAGUCUUUCUAUCGAUUAUAUCGUUAAAUAAAUUGUAGUAGGGAUUUAAAUAAAUCUAUUUUAUACCAGUAUUCUUUUUGCGUAUUUUAUGAUAUAUAGUAUGAAUUACAGUGCUCUGUUUUAGCUUAAGAUUUAAUUUGAACGCUUAAUAACAUUUACUUAACACUUUAUGGUUGUUUUCUGCCAGUAUAAUAAUUAUGUAUGGUAGUUAAAGUAAGAACCAAGAAAUUAAAAACAAAGGAAGUUGUCGUUGAUUAUACUUAAAUUUUUACGUUUUGUUUAUUUUUCAUGUUGUUAAAUUUUGUGGAUGUAUUUUUAAGUGUUUUAAUAUUAAACGUUUUUUUUAUUAAUUUUGGUGGUGAAGUUAGUGUGAAGUUAGUCGGGUAGGCCACUUGUUAUGAAAUAUAUUAACGCAAACAAAUAAGUUUGUCAUCACCUGUUUAAAAUUAUCUAUAAAUCGAGAUCAUUUAAAUAAACAAAUAAACUUUACUGUCAAAUAGACAUAAAUCAUGAACUUUAUAAAUAGCUUAAAUAACAUUUUAUGUGCAAUAUUUGAAAAAAGUCAGGUUAUAUUUGUGGCACUAAAACCAUUAUAAUAUAUAAUAUAGAAAUGAUCACUAGUGCCCCCCAAUAUCCUUUCUCUAAUAUUCGACAAUUUAAGAAUUACUUCAUACAUUUAAUUUUAUCUUCGCAAUAUCACUUUUAUAUUAUAUUGAAAUCUUCUCUAUUUCGCAAUUACAGUUGAUGAUUUAUAUGAUAAUAAUUUUAUAAUGGUGUAAAUUUUCCUUCAUAUCAUUAAACAAAAUUCAUUGUAUUUUUUAUUGUAUUAUAACAAACUGAAAAGAAACACUAAAACCGAUCAUAUUGUAUGUAUCUCUGUAGAGCAUAGCCAAUAAGAACCUGCAAAAAAUAUAUUUGGUGGCCACAUUUAUAACAUGAAACCUAAAUAAAUAAAAAGAACUCUUACAAUAUUUAACUUGUAUUGCACACAAUUAUAUAAGGAUAAACAAACUUUAAAUAUUAACAAUAUUUAACUUGUAUUGCACACAAUUAUGUAAGCAUAAACAAAAUUUAAAUAUUAUUUUCGCGUUUGUGCCAUUCCUAUAAUCUUUUUUCCAUUAGUAAUACCUUUGUUUAUUUAAAUUAUAUAGAAUUUCAUUUCAGAUUAUAAGUGGCCCUGUCGCCCCAACUUCACCACAUCAAAAAGUUGUGUUUAAAAGGGCAAUAAAAAAAUGUUUAAUUAACAUCACAAACUGGGUUGUUAUCAUUUUACUACGUAUUAAUAUCACUUUUACAAAUAUUGCGUUUUUGUAUUCAGUAUUACUGAAAAUAAGGGGAGGCUUGAAUAUCUUUUAUAUAAUUAUGUGUAAUGUAAAUAAGUUACAAUGCGGCCUUAGGUGUUUAAGGAGCAUACUGUUUUAUUUAAGAAUAAUUAUUCUCUGUUAAUGAUAUUUUAAAUAUAGAUUCGUCAUUACCACGCAUUCUGUAAUCACCCGAAAUUAUCCCAAUUGCGACGUUUUCAUAAUCAACUAUUCGUAGAUGACUACUAGCCGACUUUGUUUGUACUUGUUCAACAUGUCGGCUUUCUCGUGAUAUAGUAUGGCGUAUCUAUUUUUUUUAACAAUCUUUAUUAUACGUAUCUUAUUAAAAUACUCUCUAAUAGUGACGUUUACAAUAAUAUCGGCCUGUUCAAGACGUUGUAGUAGACUUGGAUAAAUAGCGAAUAAAAUGCAUAUAAUAAAAAGUUAAUACCCUUAGGCAAAAAAAUCAUUUAUGAUCUGAAUGUAAAAUUAGAUAUUACAAAUGUAAGUCAGUGAUAAACAUUAUAUAAAUUCAAUGGAAGCAGAUUUAUCGCAAACUGUUCUCAAAAUGUUAGUAAAUAGACUUUUGGCUUACUUGCAAAGCGCACAAUACUUUUUUACGUAUGCAGUAAGUAGAUAAAUAUAGAAAAUGUGGUAUAUGUUCGGUUCUAGUCAACUAUGAACAAAUAAAAUUACAAAUUUUAUAUAAUGCCAAAAUUAAAUGAAAUUUCUUAUGGUGCACCUUGUAUUUUGAUGUGCCAAAUAUA